AUGCAAUACAUCGAAUGGAUAUGGAUACUCCAAUACGUCCUAUGGAUACUCGAAUUCGCCGUGUGGAUGCUCCAACUAGUAGUACGGACAGUCCAGAAUGUGCUUUGGUGGCUGGCAUCCACGACCUUUGGGAAGCGCCUGCAGUAUGCCGGUACGCGAUUGGGAUCUACCGUAGCAUCAUCCUUCUACGAUUGUGCUGACACACUCGGUGGGACGAUUCGUCGGCAGCUAGGAGCUCUCGGCGGCGAUCACGGUGGUCUCGUACACUGGGAAUCCGUCCCGAGCUGGCACCCCAGAAUAUUCUCCCUCCUUGUGGUCAUCUUUUACUGGGGCGCGUACUGGGUAGCAGUGAACCUCCUACUGAUGACCCUUAGGAGUGUGUCUGCUUGUAGCGUCAGCACCGUCACCUCCUACGUUCCAAUUCACCCACCAAACGUGCCAGAUGUCACAACCACGGUUUUCGUAACCAAGACCGCUCUCGAGACUGUGACUAGCUUGGUCCGCGAAUCCUCAUCAGCGACCGCAGUGGGCCCUACCUUCUUCUACACUGUAGACGACGGCACGACGUCUUGGUUCAAUGGAUCUCCUACUGCAACCUCCCAGCUCACCCUCAAGACAACAGUAACGGUGCAGCCCUCUCCAGCCACAUCUGGCGUAGGCGCCAAUGGUACCUCGACCGGCGAAGGGGCUGGAACGACAAUCCGUGUGACUUCUCUCCAGACAGUACGUCAAACCGUGACCGAGGCCAUCACGCUGACCACCACUCCGGGUCCUGGGACUUCGGGAUGGAACACAACUACCUCUGCCGUCACCGCAGGGCCUACCGGCGUGGCUCCGUUGAAUACUACGAUCACUGUUAGCGGCACAGCCUAUACUUGGCACUUUCCGCCCGCGUCUACGGCGAGUUCAUCACCGAUACUCUCUACUGCCAACACGGCUUCGCAAGGGAUUCCGACGACCAGCUCGGCGCUUGUCGUGAACGCUACCGGGCUUACCUCCACUUCUGUCACUUCUGCCACUCUCAACUCGAGUUCAGCUAUUCAGGUUAGCAGCACACCAGUGGACAGCUCACCGUCGUACGCCGUGCCUUCCUAUGGCGCGCCACCGUCAACCUUCUCUGUUGUAACGACGGCUUCUGGCGUGCUCUCAAGCUCUAGGGUGCCCGCUACCCCAAUCACGAGAUGGACAGCAACUCCAACUGCAAAUGUUACGUCAACUGCGCUGCCUACACCGACUUUGUGUGGCGAGUCUGGCAAUUUCACAAUCAAUUGGGACGACACUCCCAUCUUCACUCCUUCCAAUGGAACUGGCCCUGAAUAUCCGCCAGUCUUCAACCCGUACCACCACAUGUUCUACGCCCAGGGCUACGGAUACGUCCCUCCACCAGACGUUGCCUUCGCACCAGUCUCCCAGCCGCACCUCGCCAUCUACUCGCCAGAGAUGGCCCGCGACAUGACGAGCUCUCCCAACGCCGGCUCAGUCCGUCCCGGCGAGAUCGGCGCCGGCCCUCGCAACAGCAUGGCAGCGUUCUGGUUCGACGCCUUCAGCGUCUUCCUCGGGUGCGAGAACGAGGGCCCGGACGAGUGCGAGAUGACCAUCUCGGGCUACACGUACGACGCGGGACACGAGUACCAGGAGGUGCUGGCGGUGGAGCAGGCCGUCAGCCUCCCGCCUUGCACGCGUGGCUUGCUGAAGUGCAACCUCACUCCUGUCGAGCUGUCGCGCGAGUUCCGUGGCCUCUCUGGCAUCCGGUUCGAGGCGCGCCUUGCGGAUGGGGAGGAAGCGUCGGCGUUCUUGCUCGACAACAUGAGUAUGGGGUGGGCGGACAACAGCUGUGCGGCUGGGUUGUUGCGUCAACGGUCGCGCAAGUAG